ACCUACUCCUGAGCCUUUCAGUAUCUCGAUCCGGCUACACCUUCUAUGGUUAUCAGAAUCCAUGGGUGAGUGUGACGCCGCUUCCUCUUUUCGGCGCAUAGAUAUGCGGUCGUUUUUCUUUUUUUCCCCAUCUCCCUCUCCACUGUACGAUAAACGAGGAGGGGCUUGAUGCCGUGGAGGAGCCAGGCAGGCAGGCAAGCUGAGCUGACCCGCUUGCGUUGUGUGUCGCCAAGCCUACAUCCAAAGCCAGGUCGCAUGCAUUAACGAGUGACAGACAUCAGGUGUAUAGGUCGGCGAGACCGUUAUACUACCCAGCAAGAUGGUGGCUUUGUCGCUGAAGAUCUGUGUCCGCCAGUGCAAUGUGGUGAAAACGAUGCAGUUUGAACCAUCCACGCCUGUGUACGAUGCCUGCAGGAUCAUCAGAGAGAGAGUACCAGAAGCUCAGACAGGACAAGCUUCAGAUUAUGGCCUCUUCCUGUCUGACGAUGAUCCCAGGAAAGGAAUCUGGCUCGAAUCUGGAAGAACCCUGGAUUACUACAUGCUGCGAAAUGGAGAUGUCUUGGAGUAUAAGAAGAAACAAAGGCCCCAAAAGAUCAAGAUGCUGGACGGUGCAGUUAAAACCAUCAUGGUGGAUGACUCAAAAACAGUUGGGGAGCUGCUUGUCACCAUAUGCAGCAGAAUAGGAAUCACCAACUAUGAGGAGUACUCCCUGAUUCAAGAGGUGACAGAGGAAAAGAAGGAAGAUGGAAUGGGGACACUGAAGAAAGACCGAACGCUGCUGCUACGAGAUGAGCGGAAGAUGGAAAAGCUUAAAGCCAAACUCCACACGGAUGAUGACUUGAACUGGCUGGACCACAGCAGGACAUUCAGAGAGCAGGGAGUGGAAGAAAGCGAGACUCUGCUGCUCAGGCGCAAGUUCUUCUAUUCGGACCAGAACGUGGACUCAAGGGACCCUGUCCAGCUAAACCUGCUCUAUGUUCAGGCAAGGGAUGAUAUAUUGAAUGGAUCCCACCCUGUCUCCUUUGAUAAAGCCUGUGAGUUUGCAGGGAUCCAGGCUCAGAUCCAGUUCGGACCCCACGCGGAGCACAAACACAAGCCCGGAUUCCUGGACCUGAAGGAGUUCCUACCAAAAGAGUACAUCAAGCAGAGAGGGUCCGAGAAGAAAAUAUUCCAAGACCAUAAAAACUGUGGAGAGAUGACGGAGAUUGAGGCAAAAGUGAAGUAUGUGAAGCUCGCCAGGUCCCUGCAGACAUAUGGAGUGUCCUUCUUCCUGGUGAAGGAAAAGAUGAAGGGUAAAAAUAAACUGGUCCCGCGGCUGCUGGGGAUAACCAAGGAGUCAGUGAUGCGAGUGGAAGAGAAGACGAAGGAUGUGGUGCAGGAGUGGCCUCUGACAACUGUCAAGAGAUGGGCUGCCUCCCCCAAAAGCUUCACCCUGGAUUUCGGAGAGUACCAGGAGAGUUACUACUCUGUCCAGACUACAGAGGGAGAGCAGAUAUCCCAACUUAUUGCUGGAUACAUUGAUAUCAUUCUUAAGAAGAAGCAGAGUAAGGAUCGUUUUGGCCUUGAGGGAGACGAGGAAUCCACCAUGCUGGAGGAAUCAGUGUCCCCUAAGAAGUCCACAAUUUUGCAGCAGCAGUUUAAUCGGGUCGGUCGCGUGGAGCAUGGCUCAGUAGCACUUCCGGGCAUAAUUCGGUCUGGGUCUAUUGGUGGCCCUGACACCUUCAAUGUGGGCACUAUGCCCUCUGCUCAGCAGCAAAUCACCACAGGGCAGAUGCACAGAGGACACAUGCCUCCACUGAGUCUAGCUCAGCAGGCCCUGAUGGGGACCAUCAACAGCAGUAUGCAGGCUGUGCAGCAGGCUCAGGCUGACCUGGGAUAUGUAGAUAAUCUGCCUCCCCUGGGCCACGACUUGGCAUCCAGGGUUUGGGUUCAGAACAAAGUGGAUGAAUCCAAACAUGAAAUCCACUCUCAAGUUGAUGCCAUCACUGCUGGAACAGCAUCUGUGGUCAAUCUCACAGCAGGUGAGCCCACAGAAACCGACUACACAGCAGUGGGCUGCGCCAUCACCACCAUUUCCUCCAACCUCACGGAAAUGUCUAAGGGUGUUAAGCUGCUAGCGGCAUUAAUGGACGAUGAGGUGGGCAGUGGACACAAGCUCAUGGGUGCUGCCAGGAUGCUGGCAGGAGCUGUGUCAGAUCUUCUCAGAUCUGUUGAGCCUGCAGCCGCUGAGCCCAGACAGACGGUGCUUACUGCGGCAGGAAGCAUCGGACAGGCCAGCGGGGACCUCCUCCGUCACAUGGGGGAGGGCGAGACCGAUGAGAAGUUCCAGGACACCCUGAUGAAUCUGGCCAAAGCAGUCGCCAAUGCAGCUGCUAUGUUAGUCCUGAAGGCCAAGAACGUGGCCCAGGUAGCCGAGGACACCAUAUUGCAGAACCGGGUGAUUGCAGCUGCCACUCAGUGUGCCCUGUCCACCUCACAGCUGGUAGCCUGCACCAAGGUGGUAAGCCCAACCAUCAGCUCCCCAGUGUGUCAGGAGCAGCUUGUCGAGGCCGGGAAGCUGGUGGACCGCUCUGUGGAAACCUGUGUCAAGGCUUGCCGGUCGGCCAGCGAUGAUGGCGAGCUGCUGAAGCAAGUCGGGGCAGCAGCUGGUGUGGUGAGCCAGGCCCUCACUGACCUGCUGCAGCAUGUCCGCCAUUAUGCCAGCUGUGGAGAGCCCAUCGGACGUUAUGACCAGGCCACAGACACAAUCAUGAAUGUGACAGAAAACAUUUUCACUUCAAUGGGUGAUGCUGGUGAGAUGGUGCGUCAGGCCAGGGUGUUAGCCCAGGCCACCUCUGACUUGGUCAAUGCCAUGAGAUCUGAUGCAGAGGCCGAAGUUGAUGUUGACAACUCCAAGAAACUGCUGGCUGCAGCCAAACUCCUGGCUGAUGCCACAGCUAGGAUGGUGGAGGCUGCUAAGGGGGCGGCUGCCUACCCAGAGAAUGAGGACCAGCAGCAGAGGCUCAGAGAGGCAGCUGAGGGGCUACGUGUAGCCACUAAUGCUGCAGCUCAGAACGCCAUAAAGAAAAAACUGGUCAACAGGCUGGAGAUAGCUGCUAAGCAGGCAGCGGCUGCAGCUACUCAGACCAUCGCAGCUGCUCAAAAUGCUGCUGCCUCCAACAAAAAUACUGUCUCACACCAACAGCUAGUACACAGCUGCAAGGCAGUAGCAGAUAGCAUUCCCCAGUUGGUGCAGGGGAUGAGGAGCAGCCAAGCCCAGCCAGAGGAACUUGGUGCCCAGCUUGCCCUCAUAAUGGCUAGCCAGAGCUUCUUACAGCCUGGAAGUAAGAUGGUGACGUCUGCAAAGUCAGCAGUUCCAACGGUGGCUGACCAGGCUGCUGCUAUGCAACUGGGCCAGUGUGCCAAGAACUUGGCUACCUGCCUGGCCGAGCUCAGGACUGCCACCCAGAAGGCCCAUGAAGCCUGUGGUCCUCUGGAGAUCGAUUCAGCCCUCAAAACUGUACAGACACUUAAGAGUGAGCUUCAGGAUGCCAAGAUGUCUGUCAUUGAUGGCCAACUCAAACCUCUUCCCGGGGAAACGCUGGAGAAGUGUGCUCAGGAUUUAGGAAGUACAUCUAAGGCUGUGGGCUCCUCCAUGGCCCAGUUGCUGACAUGUGCUGCACAAGGCAAUGAACAUUAUACAGGUGUGGCUGCCAGAGAAACGGCACAGGCUUUACGGACAUUGGCUCAGGCAGCCAGAGGAGUGGCAGCCAGCACCAGGGAGCCCCAGGCUGCAGCUGCAAUGCUGGACUCAGCCCAGUAUGUCAUGGAGGGCUCGGCCAUGCUGAUCCAUGAAGCCCAUCAGGCCCUGGUUCAUCCAGGAGAUGCUGAGAGUCAGCAGAGACUGGCACAGGUGGCCAAAGCAGUGUCGCACUCCCUGAAUAAUUGUGUGAACUGCCUGCCAGGCCAGAAGGAUGUUGACAUGGCCCUCAGGAGCAUCGGAGAGGCAAGCAAGAAGCUGCUGGUGGACAUUCUCCCUCCCUGCAUUAAGACAUUCCAGGAGGCCCAGACUGAUCUGAACCACACAGCAGCUGAACUCAACCACUCUGCAGGCGAGGUCGUCCACUCCUCCCGUGGAACGAGCAGCCAGCUGGCUGCGGCCUCUGGGAAGUUCAGCCAAGACUUUGAUGAGUUCCUGGAUGCUGGCAUUGAGAUGGCAGGACACACCCAAAGCCAGGACGAUCAGAUCCAAGUCAUUGGUAAUCUGAAGAACAUCUCCAUGGCGUCCAGUAAGCUGCUGCUGGCUGCGAAGUCUCUCUCUGUGGAUCCAGGUGCCGCCAACGCCAAAAAUCUUCUAGCUGUGGCAGCAAGGGCAGUGACAGAGAGUAUUAAUCAGCUGAUCACGCUCUGUACCCAGCAAGCAGCAGGACAAAAGGAGUGUGACAACGCCUUGAGGGAGUUGGAGGCUGUCAGAGGCCUCCUAGAUAAUCCCAAUGAGCCUGUCAGCGAACUCUCCUACUUUGACUGCAUCGAGAGCGUCAUGGAGAAUUCAAAGGUCCUAGGAGAGUCAAUGGCAGGCAUUUCUCAGCACUGUAAGACAGGUGAUGUGGCAGCCUUCGGGGAGAGUGUGGGUGUGGCGUCCAAAGCUCUGUGUGGGCUGACAGAGGCUGCAGGACAGGCCUCUUAUCUUGUAGGUGUGUCUGAUCCCAAUAGUCAGUCAGGCCAUGAGGGGCUGGUGGAUCCCAUCCAGUUUGCAAGGGCCCACCAGGCUAUACAGAUGGCUUGUCAGAACUUAGUGGACCCAGCCAGCAGUCCAUCACAGGUCUUGUCUGCAGCAACAAUUGUAGCAAAGCACACCUCAGCUCUCUGUAACGCCUGCCGCCUGGCCUCCUCUAAGACAUCCAACCCUGUGGCUAGGAGGCAGUUUGUCCAGUCAGCCAAAGAGGUGGCCAACACCACAGCCAACCUUGUCAAAACCAUCAAGGUCAACUCCCCAACCGAUCAAAACGCUUUAGAUGGGGAUUUUUCCGAAGACAACAGAAAUAGGUGCCGCGUUGCUAUGACCCCACUUCUUGAGGCUGUAGAAAACCUGUCAACAUUUGCCAAUAACCCUGAGUUUGCAAGCAUCCCAGCUCAGAUCAGCAAUGAGGGCUCCGCAGCUCAGGAGCCUAUUGUGCGUUCAGCCCGCUCCAUGCUCGAUAGCUCCACUUACCUUUUGGAAACAGCCCGAUCACUGGUCCUCAACCCCAAAGAUCCUCCCAUGUGGUCCAUACUAGCUGGUCACUCCAGAACCGUUUCUGAUUCCAUCAAGAGCCUCAUCACCUCCAUCAGGGACAAGGCACCAGGACAGAGGGAGUGUGAUUACUCCAUUGAUAACAUCAAUAAGUGUAUCCGGGACAUUGAGCAAGCUUCCCUAGCUGCAGUUGGACAGACCUUGCCCUGCAGAGAUGAUAUCUCAAUGGAAGCGCUCCAGGAGCAGCUGACAUCCUCUGUGCAGGAGAUUGGGCAUCUGAUUGAUCCUGUCUCCACAGCGGCCCGAGGCGAAGCUGCCCAACUAGGACAUAAGGUGACCCAGCUGGCCAGUUACUUCGAUCCACUCAUUGUGGCAUCGGUGGGUCUGGCCUCUAAGCUGCACGACCACCAGCAGCAGAUGACCAUCCUAGACCAGACCAAGACCCUGUCUGAGUCUGCCCUGCAGAUGCUUUAUGCUGCUAAGGAAGGAGGGGGAAACCCAAAGGCGUCCCACACACACGAUGCCAUCUCUGAAGCAGCCCAGCUGAUGAAGGAGGCUGUGGACGACAUCAUGGUGACUCUGAAUGAGGCAGCCAGUGAAGGAGGCAUGGUUGGAGGCAUGGUGGAGUCCAUUGCUGAGGCCAUGGGCAGGGUUGAUGAAGGAACUCCUCCUGAACCUGAGGGUUCCUUUGUAGACUACCAGACCACCAUGGUGAAGUUCUCCAAGGCCAUUGCCAUCACUGCACAGGAGAUGAUGACUAAAUCGGUAACCUGCCCUGAAGAGCUCGGUGGCCUUGCUUCUCAGGUGACUGUUGACUAUGGACAGCUAGCACACCAAGGACGCCUUGCUGCUGCGACUGCAGAGCCAGAAGAGGUUGGCUUCCAGAUAAAGACACGGGUGCAAGAGCUGGGCCACGGCUGUAUCUAUCUGGUCCAGAAGGCUGGAGCCCUGCAGCUCAGCCCCACUGACAGCUUCUCCAAAAGGGAGCUCAUCGAGUGUGCUCACGCAGUCACAGAGAAGGUGUCCUUGGUACUGUCAGCACUGCAGGCGGGGAACAAAGGAACCCAGGCUUGUAUCACAGCAGCCAGCGCUGUUUCUGGCAUCAUUGCUGACCUGGACACCACCAUCAUGUUCGCCUCAGCUGGAACACUGAACCCUGAGAAUGAAGAGUCUUUUGCUGACCACAGGGAGAGCAUCUUAAAGACAGCCAAGGCGCUGGUGGAGGACACCAAGCUGCUGGUUGCUGGAGCUGCGUCCAGCCAGGAGAAACUGGCCCAGGCUGCCCAGUCUUCAGCCAAGACCAUCACCCAGCUCACUGAAGUGGUCAAACUGGGAGCAACCAGCAUGGGCUCUGAGGACCCAGAGACACAGGUGGUUCUGAUAAACGCAGUGCGGGAUGUGGCCAAGGCUCUGGCUGAACUCAUCGGUGCCACCAAAUGUGCUGCCGGCAAGCCUGCUGACGACCCUUCCAUGUAUCAGCUUAAGAGCGCCGCCAAGGUCAUGGUGACCAACGUGACGUCUCUUCUAAAAACAGUGAAGGCAGUGGAAGAUGAAGCAACUCGUGGGACAAGGGCACUGGAGGCCACCAUUGAGUGCAUCAAGCAAGAGCUGACAGUGUUCCAUUCCAAGGACGUCCCAGACAAGUCCACCACACCCGAGGAGUUCAUCCGCAUGACAAAGGGCAUCACCAUAGCAACAGCCAAGGCAGUGGCUGCAGGCAACUCUGCUCAGCAGGAGGAUGUGAUCGCCACUGCCAACCUAAGCCGCAAAGCCAUCUCUGAUAUGCUGACUACCUGCAAGCAAGCAGCUUUCCACCCAGAAGUGAACGAGGAAUUGAGAAGCAAGGCCCUGCAGUACAGCUCUGAGUGCACCACCGGAUAUAUCAACCUUCUGGAGCAAGUGCUGCAGGUGCUGCAUAAGCCCAUGCCCGAGCAGAAGCAGCAGCUGGCCAUACACUCAAAGCAUGUGGCAGCCUGUGUGACAGAGCUCAUCCAGACAGCUGAGGCCAUGAAGGGAUCAGAGUGUGUGGACCCCGAGGACCCCACUGUCAUUGCCGAGACCGAGCUCCUCGGAGCAGCAGCGUCCAUUGAAGCUGCAGCCAAGAAACUAGAGCAGCUGAAACCCAGAGCCAAGCCCAAGCAGCCAGAUGAAACGCUGGAUUUUGAGGAGCAGAUAUUAGAAGCAGCAAAGUCCAUUGCUGCAGCAACUAGUGCUCUUGUUAAAUCUGCAUCAGCCGCGCAGAGAGAGCUGGUGGCACAAGGCAAGGUGGGAUCCAAUCUAGCCAAUGCGGUAGAUGACGGCCAGUGGUCCCAGGGUCUCAUAUCAGCUGCACGUAUGGUAGCAGCAGCCACCAGUAGCCUGUGUGAGGCAGCUAACGCCUCAGUGCAGGGCCACGCCAGUGAGGAGAAGCUCAUCUCUUCAGCUAAACAGGUUGCGGCAUCCACGGCUCAACUACUGGUAGCCUGCAAGGUGAAGGCUGACCAGGAUUCUGAAGCCAUGAGGAGACUCCAGGCGGCUGGAAAUGCAGUGAAGCGAGCUUCAGACAACCUGGUGAAGGCGGCUCAGAAAGCAGCAUUUGACAAGACUGAAGAUGACAGUGUUGUGGUAAAGACCAAAUUCGUUGGAGGCAUAGCUCAGAUCAUUGCGGCUCAGGAGGAGAUGCUGAGGAAGGAGCGAGAGCUGGAGGAAGCACGGAAGAAGCUGGCUCAGAUCCGACAGCAGCAGUACAAGUUCCUGCCCAGCGAGCUGAGGGAGGACGAGGGCUGAUUGGCUAAGCAGAUGUGGAUGUGCAUCACGCUGAUGAAACCCUCACAUCAUGAGGAGAUGUUGCCGAUGUACGAUUGGCUGCUUUACUCUCAUAUAACCGAGGAAUAUACAGCACUUGAAACAGGCCUGUUUGGUGAGAAAAACAAGUGCCUGUGCUCUGUAGUGUAUUUGUGUGUAUGUGUGUGUGUGACGUGUGUAUGUGUUUGUCAGUGAAUGGCAUUGACAUUCAGAGUUUAAUAUGGAGAAGGUUGUUACAGUUGUCAAUAUAAACAAGUUGAGACAGUAUGAUAAAGUUGUGUGAUAAACGUAUCAUUGCUUUGUGAGUGUUACUGCAUCAUGAGCAUAACUGACUGUUACAAUCAUGAAUCGAAGUCACGAACGCAGAAAUCCUCUAUUAUCAUUGAAUGUUCUAUAGUUGUUGAAGGUUUAGAGCAAAUUGAAAUGAACUGAUGGUAUUUCUGCAAUUGGCAGAACAAACCUUAGGGUCCGUAGCUUGGGGGGGAGGGAGGGGAAGGCUUAUUUCACCACUGGCUUGCAUGAACCAUAAUGUUUAUACAUAUCAAUGGAGCUACUAACCAAUAGAGUAAUAUAGAGUGGAAAGGCACUUGUAUUUUACUAAUAAAAAUGUGAACUGGGGUUUGCUUUUAAACUAGCAAAUCUUUAAAAAAUCAAGGAUUUUGAUUCAACUAUGUUGUUCAGCUUGACACCAAACAGUGAGGGGUUCUGAUUGGAGUAAAUGUCAAAAUAAAAAAACAGACCACAGGCCAACACUAGCUAUAAAGACAUUUAUUCUUGACUGAUUUUUUUUUUUUUAAAGAAACUAGUUGUUCUUAAAGAGCAAACAGGCGUAACCUAUGUUAUUCAGAUAAUCUGGACUGUAUGUGACCAAAUAUGUCAUGCUGCUUGUACACCAUGUCACUUCACGUAACCCCACCAGUUCUUCCCUUGCAUACACAUGGCUGUGUAAGGAAAUAUAUGUUUACAUUAUUUGUCAUGUUUGUUCUCUCUUGUCUUCAUGUUGUAAUUCCUCUCCCCAUUAACACUGGCCAGAUUUUGUUCGGGUACUCACUGUACUGUACACACACACAUACACACAUAUAGUUAUUCUCCACCAGUCACCGCCCUGUCAUGGUAAAGGCAUUUUCCUUUUAGACUGACUGUCUAUAGCAAUACAUUACACUGAAUAUUCUAAGAAGAUAGUAAUGAGAUGAAUUGAGAGAAUGAAAUUGAUUGUGUGCAAUGGUAUUUGGCUUUGAAUGAAACAAGUAUAUGUUAGGCACUGAGGUUGUUCAUACACAUACGCACUGAAGAGGAAGGCAAUUUAAAGCUUUAUAUUAAAUGUAGGACAUUCUCCUAACAAACUAGAAGGAAAUAGAUGAAAUCUCUGAUUAAGGAAACUAAUUCAAUUAUUUGUUUUUUGCUUUAGUAUAUUAAUGUAUAAUAUAUUACAAAUUUGAAGCAGUUCAUCUCCUCAGUCUGUCCAUGCCAGUGUCAGGACUGCAUUGUGUACUAGUGCCUUACUUGAGUCUGCCCUGCGAGCAGCUGGAGAUCAGGCUGGGUGGGAGCCUGAGCCUUGUCCUCUCUGGAUAAGAAUAUUAUGCCAGUCUAAUCCCCAUCGGGGUCUUAAUAAACUGUCACCUAGUCCUUUGCCAUACAAUACAAUGCCUUGGCUGGUGGCCCACUUGCCUACAAUGUUAUAAUGCUGAUAUAAAAGGGCAUCUGUGGAUACCUUAGGAUUUAGAGACCAUAUUGGAAAACUUACACUAGACUGCAUUCCAUGAGCAUGUGGCAAUUUGUGUUUGAAGUUGAGAAAUUGUCGAAAUCAGUAUGCCAAGUCCCUUUUAAAAGUUGGACUAAAUAACUCCCUUGUUUCAUUGUCUAACCACUAUAAGUUUUUAUCAGUAAAUGUAAUAAUUGACCUAAAAUAUAUUGUCUAACUGAUUUGUGCGAGUAUUAACGGAAAUAGAAAAAGUUACUAGCUCUGUUAUGAAUAGGUGUUGUGCUUUCUUUAACAGACUGCAUUAGUUUUAUGAUUUGAUGCUGUAUGUAUAAUAUUUAUCUGGUCACAAAAGUAUUUUUUGUAUUCACCAAAAAUAAAGAGUUUCAAACAACCAGUA